AUGGCUUCAUCCUCGCUCUUCCCGCAAUUUGGUAACGUCUUUGGUGCCCCAAGUUCAGCUGGUCGUAAUGAACUCGUAUCUUUUAAUGCUGGUAAAAUGACUGUAAAACCAACAACAAAUGGGAAAUUUCUCGUGAUUCCACAAUUGGAAAAGGGAAAAAUCUGUCUAUUACGUGGAGAUGAUCAAUUACUUCAUUUUCAAUGGAUGGAUCGUCAAACUGGAGCGAGUCCUGAGGACUUUAUCAUUUUCCCAGAUGAUGCUCACUUUGCCAAGGUCGACACUGGUCGUCCGAAGGAUCGUGUAUACAUUCUUCAGUAUAAAAACUCAUCGCGUCGCUUUUUCUUUUGGAUGCAGAACAAGGACGCGUCACGUGAUGAAGAGCUGGUGAAGAAAGUAAAUGACGCGAUGAAUAACGCACAGGCAGCCUCCAGUAGUGAUGGCGGUCGUAACUCUGGUAACAACGUACAGUUGGAUCACAAUGCCAUUAUGCAGAUGCUGGGCGCCAUGGGAGCCGGAGAUCAGGGUCGUGGAGGUGCCGGUGGUACUGGUCAAGCUGUCCAGAUGUCAGAGUUGCAGAAUAUCCUGCAGAACAUGGGAUUGCCUGCAGGUACCCAGUCGGUGGCCUCGUCGCCAGCGACGUCGGCUGUGUCGUCAUCUCAGGCGUCACAGAAUGGCGGUGGCAGCUCGGCGGCUGCUACCACGGCGUCGACUCAGCACGAACAUGAUGUGAGUGGUAUGGAAGUGGACGAAAUGGAUGAAGAUGAGCUCCUGCGACUAGCUAUUGAGGAGAGCAUGCGCGACGGAGGCAGCACUAAUCCAAGUGCACCCGGAGGCGGCGCUACCGAAGGUAAUAGCGACUUGGAUAGCAGCAACAGACCUGCAGGCCGCGGUGGACGCAAUGGCAGUGAUGCUGUAGCUUCAUCCGCCAUCCCCGCCGCAACGGCAACAGCUCCAGUUCCGCUAACGACCUCAACAGCAUCUGUAGCUGCAACUAGUGCGAGUAGUAGUGCUCCUGCUGCUGGUGGAAGUCUUACAACGGCAGAUCUUCAACGCGCAAUGGCUUCUUUCCAACAACUUGCGCAACCGAAGCCCGUCUCCUUGAUCAAGCUUCUCACUGCUGACAACGUAGGAAGUAUUCUUGAUGAUCCAGCAUGUGUCGAAGCCCUGCUUCCGCACUUGCCGGAAGGCUCUCAAACUCUUGCGGAACUUCGUGCAACGAUGCAUUCUCCUCAAUUGCGUCAGAGCAUUGGCUCGCUUGAGAAAGCUCUGCAGACCGGAAACUCGAAUGCGGUUAUGGCCAGUUUCGGUCUGGAUCCUGCUGCAGGUGCUGCAAAGCUCGCAUUUGGCGACGGUGUGGGUGCUCUACUUGCCGCGAUCCAGGCAUGGGCAGACCAACAAGACACGACAAUGUCUAUUCCGAAUGAUCAGAGCAAGUCGAACUAA